UUUCCCUUCCAAGUCUCACCGUGAAAUUGGUGUGCUUUGCACUCCACUCAAAUAUUCUCUCUCCGCCGCCACCAUCGCCGCCCUCCAUUUUCAAAUAACAUUUAAUUAAUUCUUCUCUCAUGCUUCCCUGAAUCGCCUUGAAAAACCCACAUUCCCAGUUUUCUAAAAUUUUUCAUUCGAAUUCAUAUAUUUAGCUACUACUAAGAAUGCUUCUCUCCGUGUUUUUGGCUCUGUUUCUCCCCUGCGCCGGCAUGAGCGCCGUGUUCCUGGUGUACAUCUGCUUGCUCUGGUACGCCGCCACCUACCAGAACGGCGGCGCCGCCGACCCGGAGCGCGGCCAGGAGGUGAUGAAAGGGACGAAAGAGAAGGGGCUCUCCGCCGCGCAGCUGGAGAAGCUUCCGGCGAUCACCGGCAAGGAUUUGGUGAUGGGCCACGAUUGCGCGGUGUGCCUGGACGACAUCGGCAGCGAGCAAGCGGCGAGGGUGGUCCCCGGCUGCAACCACGGCUUCCAUCUAGAAUGCGCCGAUACGUGGCUCGCCAAGCACCCCGUUUGCCCGAUUUGCCGAACCAUGCUCGGCCCGGAGCUCUUCGACCCGCCCGAGACCAAUCCUUGCUAAACAAUCAAAUGUGGUUUAACUGCUGGGAAUUUACCAAAUGAUGCGUGAUGAUGAUGGUGGUAAAUGGUAAUUCAUUUUAAUCGUAUUUUAGGUCUUAGGAAAAAAAAAAUUAAAAAACAAAAAAGAAAGAAGAGUUUUAGACAGUGUAGAACAUUAGGCUAGGAAUUUUCUUUAUUUUUUUCCUAAUUUCUUAAUUUUUUAAAAAAUAUAAUUAUUGUAAAUUAGGCUUUAUUAGAGUAGUUGUAAGAUCCUUUUUCAGAAUUUUGUAGCAUGUGAUGAUGAUGCAGCAGCUGUUCAAUAAAUUAUUAUUGGCAAAAAAU